AUGGCCCGUCCGGAAGUGAGGAUCAUCCCCACCAGCAAUCCUCAGGAGACCCGUGGCGCCGUUCAACGCGCCCUGAUUGGCGAUGAGGGAUUAUUCUACCUCAAUCUGACACCUUGGGACCCACUGGAGGGUGUUCGCAUUUCCCUGUUGGGAGUCGUGCGUCUCGCGUAA